AUGGGUGCUGCAAAUUGUUAAUCAUGUUGUGCUAAGUAAGAAAGUGAAGCAACCGAAUUAAAGAUAGGAAAGGAUAAAGUAAAACCUAAACAUGAUAAUUCUGAAAAUGAUAAUGCAUAAGUUGAAUAAAAAGCUUAAGCAAAAGAUCAUGAGAGAUUUCUUGUAGAUUAAGAACAAUAAAAAUAGAAGAAAGAAACUAAAAAAGAGUAGAAAAAAGAAGCUGUUAAAGAAACUGCUGCAAAAAAUGUAGAUGAGAACUCAAAAAAGUCAUAAGAAUAAGAUAAAUAGUUAAAUAUAUCAGCUAAUCAUUCAGUUAGCAUGAAUGUGGCUAAUAAUUAAGAAGGAAAUGAUUUAAUAAAAAGUACAAUGAAUUGCAAUGAAAGAAAAAAACUACCUCCUAUAUAAUUAGAGUCUGGAGCUGUUUAUGAAGGAGAAUGGAAGAAUGGAAUGAGAGAUGGGGUUGGAAAGUAAAAGUGGCCAGACGGAUCUAUAUAUGAAGGGGAAUGGGUAGAAGAUAAAUCAUCAGGGAGGGUAUUUAAAUAAUAUAANUAUUAUAAAUUCACUUUUAUCUGGUUUACUGCAUUCGAAAAUCAUUUCUCUUAAUUUGUCGAUAGCAUCUUCUAGAUUUUUUGA